GGGGCGGGCCGGCUGAGGCGCUGCGGAAGCGGAGGGGGAAAGCAGAGGCCAGGGGCGUGGAGCGCCCGGGGCCGCCGGCUCGGGGCUUAUUCCGUGUCCGCCCCUGCGCGGGGGAGGCGGGGCGCGCAGCGGGGCCCGGCCCGGCCUACAGCUCCUCCUCGGCGGCCGCCGCGGGGCUCCAUGGAGACGUGGGAGAAGCCCCCGCCGCCCAGCAGCCAACGGGGGCCGGUGCUGCACAUCGUGGUGGUCGGGUUCCACCACAAGAAGGGCUGCCAGGUCGAAUUCUCCUAUCCUCCCCUCAUCUUAGGAGAAGGACAUGACAGCCACAGUUUACCUGAAGAAUGGAAAUACUUGCCUUUUCUUGCCUUGCCAGAUGGUGCUCAUAAUUAUCAAGAAGAUACUGUGUUUUUCCAUUUGCCACCAAGAUGUGGAGAUCAAGCCACAGUGUAUGGUGUCUCUUGCUACAGGCAGAUUGAAGCCAAGGCACUGAAAGUACGGCAAGCAGAUGUCACCCGAGAAACAGUACAGAAAAGUGUCUGUGUUCUAAGUCAACUGCCUUUGUAUGGGUUACUUCAAGCAAAGCUACAGCUCAUUACUCAUGCCUAUUUUGAAGAAAAAGAUUUCUCACAAAUUUCAAUUCUUAAGGAACUUUAUGAGCAUAUGAAUAGCUCUUUGGGAGGAAGUACACUGGAGGGGUCACAGGUUUAUCUCGGUCUGUCUCCUCGAGAUCUUGUCCUUCAGUUUAGGCACAAGGUCUUAAUUCUUUUCAAAUUGAUUCUUCUAGAGAAAAAGGUGUUGUUUUAUAUUUCACCAGUAAAUAGACUGGUGGGAGCACUGAUGACUGUCUUGUCUCUCUUUCCGGGUAUGAUUGAACAUGGUCUUAGGGACAGUUCACAAUAUAGACACAGAAAGAGUGUUUCAGAGGAUACUGGCUUGCAGGAAGUUACUAUCCCUUUAGAUGAUUAUGUUUCCGUGUCUGCUGCUGACAUUUCAAAUACAAACUCAGGAAUGGGUGAGGGACGAAGAAAGCUGUCAGGAAAUUAUGUACUGGAGGCUCACAAAACAGAUGUGCCUUUAUCCAAUUUUGAAAAGAAUUGCAAUGGAUCAAAGUCCUCCAAUGACUCUGGGCAACAUUUGAAACCUCCUUCACGCACUUCUCCAGAGUCUUCUGAAAGUGACUGGGAGACCUUGGAUCCUAAUAUUUUGGAGGAUACCAACUCGAAAGAAGGAGAACAUGAAAAUAUGACAUCAGAACAGACUGAAAUCUUUUCAAAGGAAUGCACGACCUCAGAAAGCCUUCCAAUUACUGUGCAGCCUCAGGCUAAAACAGGACAUGUGGUUCUUGUUCCAGGACCAAUAUCUGGAUUGGAGGAGGACCAGUAUGGCAUGCCAUUGGCUAUUUUUACUAAGGGUUACCUUUGCUUGCCAUACAUGGCACUGCAACAGCAUCACCUCCUCUCUGAUGUAACAGUCCGUGGCUUUGUUGCGGGAGCCACCAACAUCCUGUUCCGUCAGCAGAAGCAUCUAAGUGAUGCAAUUGUGGAAAUAGAGGAAGCCCUUGUACAAGUCCAUGAUCCAGAACUCAAGAAGACCCUGAACCUCACAACUGCUGACUUGAGAUUUGCAGACUACUUGGUGAAGCAUGUUACUGAAAACCGGGAUGAUGUUUUCCUUGAUGGCACUGGCUGGGAGGGAGGAGAUGAGUGGAUCAGGGCUCAGUUUGGUGCCUAUCUUCAUGCACUGCUUGCUGCUAUGCUACAGCAAGACAAUGAAAAGAUAUUGUCAGACUUUGGAACAGCAUUUGUAGCAGCUUGGAAAAAUACACACAACUACAGAGUAUGGAACAGCAACAAGCAUCCUGCUCUUGCUGAGGUAAAUUCUAGCCACCCAUUCCAGGGCCAGUACUCUGUAUCGGAUGUAAAGUUAAGAUUAUCACACUCUGUCCAGAACAGCGAACGUGGCAAGAAAAUUGGAAAUGUUAUGGUCAAUACCAGCCGGAAUGUUGUGCAAACAGGAAAAGCUGUAGGUCAGUCAGUAGGGGGGGCCUUCACAAGUGCAAGAUCAGCCAUGUCUUCUUGGCUUUCCACUUUUACACAGUCAACACAAGGCCUCGGGGACUGAAAAUAGAACACUGGCUUUGCACUCUGCUGUUGGGUAUUUCUCAGCUGUACAAAAACUGUUCCAAAAUGAAUUAUGGAGGCUGCUUCUUAGUCGUGAAGGACCAAAAUUUGAUGUGUUUACAGACAGAAGUGGAAUGAGUAAUCCUUUGGUUUCCUAGAAGUAUGAAUGUCUCCAAACAGAGUAUGAAGAAUAGCAUUUAAAGGUCUUUCACAGUACAUUAGUUGUUUUUAAAUGAGUACUUCUAUUUAAAUCUGAGCCUUUAUACUUUAGCAAACAGGGUUUAUUACAGACAAAAUGAUAGGUUUGAAUUCAGAUUUGUACAUUUUGGAUGGUGAAGAGAUCUGUAUAAAUUAUCUGUAUUUUACAAUUCAAAUAGUUGAAUGUUUGUUGUAAUGUUUAAUAGAAUGAAGCAGUAUAAUAAUGCUGAUUCACAUUUUAGGUUGGAUCUGAGGGCAUGCCUGUGAAAUUAACAAUACAAGCCAGGUUGAAACCCUUCUUAGUCAAGCUUGCUUUCAGUUCCAAAGUAAUUCAGCCCUGAUGCAGACAAACAGUUUUCUGUUUGUAACUUUCUUUUCCCCGUCAUAUACGUGCAUUCAUCUGUAUCUAACUUUCGUCUCUGUACAUGCAGAAACAAUUGUGCAAUCCAUUUCUAUUUGAUAUUGUCCUCACUCAUUUCAUAGGGUGGAAUAUGAAUACUAAUUAGCGUUGCCACUAUACUUAUAAGACCUUGGAGAGAUUUCUUUACAUCACUCUUUAGGGAAACAUCAACAAAAUAAUUGGUUCUCUGAGAGCAAAAAUUAGAGCCAUAAGCAACUCUGUGCAGACCUCUGCUACUUAUAAACACAGUUUGUGUGUGUCUGUAUGUAUGUAUGUAUGUAUGUAUAUACAUACAAUGUGUUGAAAUUGUCCCUAAAACUAACACAGGAACUAACAAACUCUUGAAUUCUUUUUGUUUCAAGGCAGGUUGUGAAGACCCUUCUAAAUAAAUAUUGGCCAGAUAGACGACUCUUUCAUUUAGUCAAGGAAUAUACAUUUCACAGAACUGUUUUUGCAUUAGGAAAGAGACAUCUCUGUUAUAAGAAUAACAGCAGUUCAGUAACAACAUUAAAUAAGAUAGCAUAGCUGUUUGUACUACUUGGUGUGAUACUCCUGUAUUUUAUAUACACUGUGCAUGUGUUGUAAUCUAUAUGGGUACAUAUCCUAAACCUGGAGUAUUUCUUGUUUUUUCAAACGUAAACUUUUCUAUUUCUUUAAAUGAUAUAUACCUGCUAGAAUCUCAAGAUGUUACCUAUUAGCAUACUUUCAAAUUUGUAUUUUUUAAAUUAUAGUAACAAAAAAAUCCACAUUAAUAAUGAAGAGAGCCUCAUAGCAUGAAAUCAUGACACCAGAAACAUCAAUGUGAAUUUUACCAUUCACUUCCAAAGGGCCAUAAUUUCCCCCACUGUUAUCUUGGACAUCCCUAUCUUUUGUUGUCCUGUAUGUAGACAUGGGCUGAGUUGGUUGCAGUUUCCACUAGCUCUUCACCUUUCAAUAAAGAAUAUCUAAUGCUCCUUAUGCAGCUCUUUACAUAAGGAAUUGAAAUUAACAAUUUAUUUUUUAAAAGCUAUUGAAAACCAUGCUUUCAUCUACCAAUUAUUUUUGCACAAACUUUUUUGUUCCAGUAUUAUUGUUGUACAUUAAAUUACAAAUGGAAAAACAUAGAUAAAACUGAAAGCUCACAGCUACAUGAGUAAUUUCCUUUUGAAAAGCAAAUACUGUCUCUAGAAAGCUGUAAAACUUUUUUAUUGCUUGUCACACCAGCAAACAUCUAUCUUUUAUUGAAAUAGAACUGUCACAUAAUAAGCGUAGGCUAUGUUGCUUUCAGACAGUAUAUAUAAAUUUUGUUCUGUAAUUUCUACUGCAGUAUUUUGGAUAUUGUUCAACUCUGUGCCCUCUUGCUUUCUUUUCUCUGGUUCAAUUUUCUCUUAGUAGAUGCUUCCAUCUUCAUAGAGACUAGACCAUACCCUAUGCUACAUACAUAUCUAUUUGAUAAAGUUGGUUUAGGUGUAUAAUCAAAAAAAGCUUUUCGUGGCUCCUAGUUAGUGGCUACUGAAUUUUUCCAGUUCAGCAUGCAGAUUAGAAAAUAGCAAUUCGCUAUUACGAGAUACUGGUGAAGCAGUAAACAAUAUAAAUACUCUUAGCCUCUCUCUCUCUCUGGUAGUUGAAGUUUUUCUUGUAGCGAAGACAAUCUGUGGCCUCUGGAACAUACGCAUUGCAAUGCAGUUUAAAACAGGAAUUUGGCAAGUAGCUAAGAUUUACAGGUACAAAGUGUAGAAGCAGGGCCUCUACACUGUAUGUUUUUUUUAAACAACCUUGUCUGUUACUGCCAUUCCUCCAUCACUUUCCAUCCCUCUGAUCCCAUCUCUUGUCUCGCUUCAAGAACAGGAACUCAGAACUUCUGAGGACUGGUAAGAGCUCUUAAUUCAGGUGCCUAGCCUUUGCAAAAGCAGACACCCACCAUGUGCUGCUCUGUAGUGGGACUUGCAGUGUUCCUGGCUCCCGCUGUUGUUUGCACUCUUACUCUAGGACAGAUGGCCAAAACAUUCUCCACCUCCCUCUGUUUGCCUGUUGUGGGAAUAAGGGGACCGGUUUCAUCAAGAGUAUUUUCCUUUGUCCUAUCCCUCAAAAAGAUGAUCCAAGUAUAACACUGACAGCAUUCAUUUUUGCCAGAGGGUGAAUGAUGCUCAAGUAAUAAGAGGAAGCUAUUGUGGUAUUUAUCCUCUUUCAGAUGAGCUUCCUGCUAGCAAUUUGGACAGUAUCUGUCAGACUUCUUAUAGUGAAUAUUAGUGAAGUGAUAAUAGUAUGCGCCUUUGAACAGCCACUUGAAUUACUUCUGAGCAUUAGAGCAUGCAGCCAACCAAAUUAACAUACAAACUAUACAAGCGAAUAAGUCUGUAAGCCUCCUUAAAUUAACAGUUGUAGUAAUCAGUCAUUCUAGUGAAUCUUAGACAAAUUCCAGAACUAUAUUCCCACACUUCUAUUUAUUUACAUGUAUUAAAUAGCCAGUAUAAACAUAAAAUCAGUCAAACUAAGGAAGUGAUACCUCAUCUUGAGCUGGAGAGCUUUCUUCAUUGCCUGGUUUCUGGGGCACAGUAUAGCUGUAAAGACACUGCCUGUGAUGACUGAGCUGUGACAUUGUCAUUUAGCAUGUCUGGAUGUCACUGUACAGUUUGUUGGCUCUUUGUGGUUCCUCUUCAACAUUUUCUCUCUUCCCACUCCCUGGCUGCUUUAGUGCUCUUGUACGUGCCAAAAAGCAUGGGAAGCUGUCCUGCCAAUCCUACCUAUAGGAUUCUGUAUGUGGGUCAUAUAGCUCCUAAAGAGAGAGACUGAGUAUGACUGACUUAAAUGCUGAUUAGACUCAAAUAUUCACUUUAUCAGUCACUUGAUGUUAUAACUUUAAAAUUGUGUGCAUCUGACAUUAGGACAUCUUAAGUGUUACUGUAUUUUAAUAAAUGUCAUUUUA